AUGGCGCCCAAGGAGGAGACCCAGGCCAAUGCGUCGGGGACAUACAUACCGUCCGAGUUUGCGGCGUUCGUCGAGACGAUGACAAAAGCGCUCGAGGCUGGGACUUCCCACGCCGCGCAGUUCCCAGACAAGUCGGACUUGAUGUUCCACCGCACUCUGGACCGCAAGUUUGCCAAGGGACUCGACGCGUCUGGCGAGCGUGUUCUCAAGCUCGCUGAUAGUAUCCUUCAGCUCACCGUCGACGGUCAACCGAAAUCCAACAACGCGACGCGCAUCAAGCCUCGGCGCAAGCUGGCUGAUGAGGACGACGUGGUUGACAGCUUCCAGUCGACGGUCGUUGACCACGUCGACGCCCUACUCGAAGACGCGGACACGUACAUCGACGACGCCAGCGGGGCGCGGAAGAAAGCGGCGAUCGACGUCAAGCCCAACGCCCACGUGAUGAAGAACCUACCCGGUCCGGCCCGUGGCGGCGUGCUCGCCCACAACCUGCGCAUGAACCAUGGCAUUGAGAAGCCUCAGCUCUUGUUUUCGGAUCCCGUUGACAACUCACCCGAUCGCCCGAUGUGGAUGCCGACUCUCCCGGAGAAGCUGCACGCCAUGGUACCCAUGGACUUCAUCGCGGCAUCUGACGAGGACGAGCCUUUCGUCGACGACGGUACGCCCAGUGCGCGCGCCCGUUACCAGAGGCGCGUUAAGGCCCGUCAGCAUCCGUAUUACUUUGAGACUCGCCAUCUCCCCUACCCGACCUCGAUGUUCAUGGAGCGCGAACCAGCCAUGCCCAAGUCGUUCGAAGAUACGCCCUUCGAGUUUGUCGACACGCCUGAACGCCUCGCGGCACUCACGGAGGUUCUUCUUCAAGCCAAGGAGAUUGCAGUCGAUCUUGAGCACCACAACACUCGCUCGUAUUACGGUUUCACCUGCCUGAUGCAGAUUAGCACCCGCGAGCAGGACUGGGUUGUGGACACCCUUGCCUUACGUUCCGAGCUCCGAGAGCACAAGCUGGGUGGUGUCAUGGCUGACCCCUCCGUCAUCAAGGUGUUCCACGGCGCUGACUCGGACAUUGUCUGGCUCCAGCAGGACUUUGACAUCUACGUUGUCAACCUGUUCGACACUUUCCAUGCCGCCAAGACGCUCGACUUCCCCAAAAUGUCGCUCGGCAGCCUCCUCGAGCUCUAUUGCGACUUCCAGGCCGACAAAAAGUACCAACUGGCUGACUGGCGCAUUCGCCCGUUGCCGAAAGAGAUGCUGUUUUACGCGCGCGCCGAUACCCACUUCCUCCUCUAUGUCUACGACCGCCUCCGCAACGCGCUCAUCGCGCGCUCGUCACGAACACCGUCGCCUGCGGUCGAGGGUGCAGACGGACCAGAUGGGGCUAGCGGAACAUCCACUCCCAAACCUAACCCCCAGACAGGCAUCCGGCGCGUCCUCGACCUCUCUGCAGAGACUGCCCUCAGGCUCUAUAGCCGAGAAACCUACAAUGCAGAGACGGGCGCUGGAGUGCUUGGGUGGCAGAACAUGGCGAGGAAGCUCGGCAAGAAGGACGCGAUCAAGCAGAAGCCUGGAUACGUCUUGAAGCGCCUUCACCGCUGGCGUGACGACCUCGCGCGUGAGCUUGAUGAAAGCCCUCACUAUGUCCUCCCUGCCCACACCGUCAUACAUCUUGCUCAGUCGCCACCAUCCCGGCCAGAGGUGCUGUCUCGUGUUCUCGGCAAGCACGCUCCCAACCUCCUGCCCCGUGCUGACGAGAUCCUUGGCGUCAUUGCGGCUGGUGUUCUGGAUUUCCAUCUCGCAUUAAAGGACUCGCCCAACGAGGCCCAGCCUGUGCCUUGUGUCGAAGACAUCCAGCCUCUGCCUGCAGGCAAGCACCCGAUCCUGCAGAAGCACUCGGGUUCCACUCGUCUCUCGACGGCGGCUACCGAGUUCAAGCCCGCAACUCCACAAGCGCCUGCACCCAAGCGACUGAAGCCCCACACCACCGUCGACGUCUGGGCUAACCUCACGGGAGGCAAGAAGCCAGUUGCCGCGAAGCAGAAACCGGUGUCAGCUCUGUUCGGCAAGACGCUUCAGACGACGGCAUCUCCGCUACCGGCUGCCACAUCCACUUCAGCGUCGUCUUCGCUUUUUGGGCAUACCCUCGCACCCAAGACAUCCUCGGCGAGUACCAGCCGCCAACAGUCACCUGGGUUUGCCUCUGUGCAGUCUAUGAUCCAUUCCGGUCUGGAAAAGGCACCGGUCGAGGUUUCCACAAUCGAAUCCGCGGCGUUCAACCAAGCUACUGAACCCGAAACGGUCGCGUUUGUGCCGGCGGGAGAACGGAAAAUUCCCAAGGCCGAACCGACCUCCACCUCGGCUUCCAUUGGCAAAGGUAAGGGCAAGGCUGUAACAGUCACGGAUGAUGCUGUUCCCACAGAGGCAGCGCCAAAAGCUGGUCCUACUGUUGAUUCGGACGGAGUAGUUGAUGUGCGCAAGAAGAAUCGCAGGAAGGACAAGGUCAAGGCGGCGUCCUUGUCUGCCCCUGAAUCAGCCGAGGGUUCCCCUGCACCUGUGAAGAAGUCGAAGAAGAAGAUCAAGGCGACCGAUAUCCCUGCCUUUGAUUACGCUGCCGAGGGCAACCUGCUGGACGAGCCAGCUCCAUCGUCCGAGUUCAAGGCUUCGAGGAAGACGAAGAAGAAGGACAAGCCCAAGGACAAGCCUAAGGCUAAGAAGGAGGCGUCAUCCACCUCGGCUAAUCGUCGGCCUCUUUCGAAUCACAGCGAGCCAAAGAGCGGCAACAAGUCUGGCACAUUUAUGAGUUGA